AUGAACAAGGGAUAUCGUCAUGGCCGAACUAAAUGGUGGGGUAGGAGCACGCAGAUGUGCAACAAAUUCGAGAAGAAUGAGAUCACUUGCUUGAAGCCAAGCGUCAAGGAAGAGCGUAGCUACAGUUUUGUAAUGACUUGGGGAGGGGGUCAUUUAUAUGAUCCGACUCGGAACUUUUCACAUGAUAAUCUCUUAAUGGAACCAUGGAAUUACGGAGUUCGUUUAUCAUACCGAAAGCCUGCUGCAGCUGUUCCUUGUUGCAGUAGUAAAGCAAGGAAAAAGAUGGGAGCAUGCUUGAAGAUCCCAGUAGAUGGAGUUCUUGCAUUUUGGGAUCGGUAUCUUAAGAAGGACGCGUGA